AUGCACUUCUCGCGCCUCGCCCUCUUCCUCGCCGCGCUGGCGCCCGCCGCCUUUGCGCAGUCGUCGCUGCGUCUCGAGGUGCCGUCGACGGGCAUCGUGUGCCAGCCUGCUGCGCUUCGCUGGAGCGGCACCACCGGCACCGUCUACAUCCGCGCCAUCAUCGGCGAGGGCGAGGGCGUGGUGAGCACCACCGACGCAAGCAUGAACAUGGCCGUCACGACGCAGGAGAAUGCCGCCAGCUCGGGCAGCUAUGCUUGGACCGUCGCGCUUGCCCCGGGCACCAAGGUGACCUUCUCCAUCGCCGACUCGACGGGCCAGACCAACUACAGCUCCGCCAUGACCAUCACGGGCGACAACACCUGCAACGCGCCCGCCAACUUCUCCGGCGCCGCUGCCUCCUCUUCGGGCGGCAGCAGCACGGCCGCCGCCUCGGGUGCCUCGUCGUCGAGCCGCGCGUCGAGCAGCUCGGGCUCGGCCGCCGCCGCCGCCACCACCACGACGCGCCCCUCGGGCGCCAUGGGUGCCGCGCCCGCACUCGGCCCGCUGGCGCUCAGCGCCGGCGCCGCCGUUGUUGGUGCCGUCCUCUACCUCGCCUAA